AUGCAUAGUGCAUACUCAUUAGCUAUCUUAAACAUUGAGCUUAAAUGCUAUGAAGAUGCCAUACUUGAACCUUGUUGGCGAGAGGCCAUCCGAGCUGAAUUGGAUGCUCUGAAUGAGAACAAAACCUGGACACUGACUUCCCUUCCAAGUGAUAAGAAGGCGAUUGGUUGUAAGUGGAGCUUUAAGAUUAAAUAUCACCCUGAUGGAACAUUGCGAGUUGUUUUGGCACUGGCUGCUGUCAAGGGAUGGCAUUUGAAGCAAAUUGACGUUAAUACCGCCUUUCUACGUGGUGAGCUUGAUGAGAAAGUGUACAUGAAACCCCCUCGAAGGUCUUGCAAUAGCUCCGGGUCAGAUCUCUUGCGGGACACUGGUUUUGAGCAUUGUAAGCCUGCCUCCACUCCUAUGGACUAUGGGGCGAAAUUGAGCAAGGAUGAUGGAGAUAGUCUGCCUGAUUCCUCCGAUUAUAGGAAAACCAUUUAA